GCAGAGAGUGGGAAAGAAGACGCCGUUGGCAUCCCUGUGGAAGGUGAUGUCACUCUUCCCAAGCCAGCUGUCAACUCCGCCCUCGUUUUAAAUAAGGGGAGGUCUCGGUUUCGCCGGUCGCGGAUGCCUUCAUGGCUGCCAUGUUAGAAAGGAAGUGAUUGCAGGAGGUAGCGGUAGAGUAGGGGCGGAAAAGCCCUUCUUCAUUACCAGUGCGGAGAAGGACGUAGUGAUUCCCCUUGACCAAGAUUAUUCGGCAGGGGUCUCAGGAUCUGAGCGGCAGGGGAGCUUGACAGGCAGCAUCCCAGAGGGGAAAACGGUGGCUGCGGCGGCGGCGGCUUUGGCCUAAGAUGGCGGACCCGGCGGAGUGCAACAUCAAAGUGAUGUGUCGCUUCAGACCCCUCAACGAUUCGGAAGUGAUUCGAGGCGACAAGUAUAUCGCCAAGUUCCAGGGCGAAGAUACCGUCGUCAUCGCGUCUAAGCCUUAUGCAUUUGACCAUGUAUUCCAGUCACAGACAUCACAAGAACAAGUAUAUAAUGAUUGUGCUAAAAAGAUUGUUAAAGAUGUGCUUGAAGGAUACAAUGGUACAAUAUUUGCUUAUGGACAAACAUCAUCUGGGAAAACUCACACUAUGGAGGGGAAGUUGCAUGAUCCAGAUGAGGGGAUUAUUCCAAGAAUAGUGCAAGAUAUUAAUUAUAUUUAUUCCAUGGAUGAAAUUUGGAAUUUUCAUAUUAAGGUAAUUUAUUUUGAAAUUUAUUUGGAUAAAAUAAGGGACCUUUUGGAUGUCUCAAAGACCAAUCUUUCUGUUCAUGAGGACAAAAACCGAGUACCUUACGUGAAGGGCUGCACUGAACGGUUUGUAUGUAGUCCAGAUGAAGUUGGAUACUAUGAUGAAGGAAAAUCAAACAGGCAUGUAGCAGUUACAAAUAUGAAUGAACAUAGCUCUCGAAGUCAUAGCAUCUUUCUCAUUAAUGUAAAGCAAGAAAACACUCAAACAGAGCAGAAAUUGAGUGGAAAACUUUAUCUUGUAGACUUGGCAGGUAGUGAAAGGUUAGUAAAACUGGAGAGAAGGUGCAGUAUGGAUGAGGCUAAAAAUAUCAACAAAUCUCUAUCAGCUCUUGGAAAUGUCAUUUCUGCUUUAGCUGAAAAUAGUACAUAUGUUCCAUAUCGAGAUAGUAAAAUGACCAGAAUUUUACAAGAUUCCUUAGGAGGCAAUUGUAGAACCACAAUUGUUAUUUGCUGUUCCCCAUCAUCUUAUGAAUCUGAAACAAAAUCUACACUGUUAUUUGGUCAGAGAGCCAAGACUAUCAAGAAUACGUGUGUUAACGUAGAAUUAACUGCAGAACAGUGGAAGAAAAAAUAUGAAAAAGAAAAGGAGAAAAACAAAACACUACGUAACACUAUCCAAUGGCUUGAAAAUGAGCUCAGUAGAUGGCGCAAUGGAGAGACUGUACCUCUUGAGGAACAGUUUGACAAGGAAAAGGCUAAUUUGGAAGUAUUUGCUGUGGAUAAAGAUACAAUUAUUAAUGAUACCCCAACUCCUACCAUUGGAGUGAUUGGCAAUUUCACUGAUGCUGAAGGAGAAAGUGUGAAGAAGAAUGGCUAAAGUGUAAAACAGUUAGAUGACAAGGAUGAAGAAAUUAAUCAACAAAGCCAAUUAGUGGAAAAACUAAAAACACAGAUGUUGGAUCAGGAAGAGUGGUCUUUAUAUUAUUAUAUAGCUUUAGCAUCCACCAGACGGGACCAAGAUAAUAUGCAAGCCGAACUGAAUCGCCUUCAGGCUGAAAAUGAUGCUUCUAAAGAAGAGGUAAAAGAGGUUCUCCAGGCCCUUGAGGAACUUGCUGUCAACUAUGAUCAAAAGUCACAAGAGGUUGAAGACAAGGCAAAGGAGUAUGAAAUACUAAGUGAUGAAUUGAAUCAGAAAUCGAUAACAUUAGCUAGUAUAGAUGGAGAACUUCAAAAACUUAAAGAAAUGACCAAUCAUCAGAAAAAACGUGCAACUGAAAUGAUGGCAUCUCUGUUAAAAGACCUUGCAGAAAUAGGAAUUGGUGGAAACAACGAUGUAAAGCAGCCAGAAGGAACUGGUAUGAUAGGAGAAUUCACGGUUGCAAGACUCUACAUCAGUAAAAUGAAAUCUGAAGUAAAAACUAUGGUAAAACGUUGUAAGCAGUUAGAAAGUACACAAACAGAAAGCAAUAAGAAAAUGGAAGAAAAUGAAAAGGAACUAGCAGCCUGUCAGCUUCGUAUUUCACAGCAUGAAGCCAAGAUCAAAUCACUUACAGAAUAUCUUCAGAAUGUGGAACAGAAGAAAAGACAGCUUGAAGAGUCUGUGGAUUCUCUUAAUGAGGAGCUAGUUGAACUCCACGCCCAAAGAAAAGUUCAUGAAAUGGAGAAGGAACAUCUGAACAAAGUUCAGACUGCAAAGGAGGCUAAGCAAGCAGUUGAGCAGCAAAUCCGUCACCGUGAAACUCAUCAGAAGCAGAUUAGCAGCUUGAGAGAUGAAAUUGAGGCAAAAGAAAAAUAUACUGAUUUGCAAGAUCAAAAUCAGAAGAUAAUACUAGAGCAGGAACGGCUCAGAAUUGAACAUGAGUUGAAAACUGUGGACCAGGAAAAAAGCAAGAAAUUGCAUGAACUUACGUAAUAUUAUACAAGAUAGAGAGAGCAAGCAAGGCAAGACCUAAAAGUAGAGGAGACUGUGGCCAAAGAACUUCAGACUCUGCAUAAUCAGAAACUCUUUGUUCAGGAUUUGGCUAGCAGAGUUAAGAAGAGUGCAGAGAUUGAUUCAGAUGAUACUGGUGGGAGUGCUGCUCAGAAACAGAAGAUUUCUUUUCUAGAGAACAAUCUUGAACAGCUCACAAAAGUCCAUAAACAGUUGGUACGUGAUAAUGCAGAUCUUCGCUGUGAACUUCCAAAACUGGAGAAACGGCUUAGAGCUACAGCUGAAAGAGUUAAAGCUUUGGAAUCAGCAUUAAAAGAAGCAAGAAAUGCUUCCCGAGAUCGUAAGCGAUACCAGCAAGAAGUAGACAGAAUUAAAGAAGCAGUGAGAUCAAAGAACAUGAUCAGAAAGGCACAUUCAGCACAGAUUGCUAAGCCUAUUCGUCCUGGUCAACAUCCAGCUGCUUCUCCAACCCAUCCAAAUGCAAUUCGUGGUGGAACUGCUUUUACCCAAAAUAGUCAGCCAGUUGCAGUACGUGGAGGUGGAGCUCGGCAAGAGAAAGCAUGAAUUAUGAUAAUCAAGAUGGUGAGAAGUACACACAACAUGAUCAGAAUUGGAUAUUGCGCAAUGAGAGUCAUUCCUUGAAAAUUAGAAAAUUGUAUAAAUUUGUACCAUCUGUACAGCUCUCCUCAUUUUUCGAUUUGGCUAAUUGAGUCCCAGGAAAUUAGAAUUCUUUCUUGGAAAAUUGACAUAUAACUUAAAAUGUAGGUCUCAUUAUAUGAUCUUGUCGUUCACGUCUUAAAUUUAGUCUGCACUGUGCCAAGUUGAAUGUAUGUUAAGCAACAUCUUAAAAUUUCCUAGUUUAAUUUAUAUAUAUUUAAUGGUCUUAGGAAGUGUGGAGCUAUGUUGAAAUAAGUUUCAACCCUUAUAACUUUAAUUACACUAUUUGACCCACUCAUGAAUUAGAACACUGUACAUUAAUUUUGCCUAUACGGCUGUAUAGAGACUAAGACUAAAAUUAUUUGUACAGUAUGAAAUUACUGAGAUGUGUUUAUGACGACUGCUGCCUUUAGGCACUGAAAUCUCAAAAACAUAGAACUAAGAAAGUGUUCUUGUAAGGCUAUGUAACUGUUUAGUUAAAUAUCUUUUACUGGGUUAUUGAGUUAAUACUGUGUAUAGCAAGUAAUAAAUAUAGAUUGACAUGAAAAGAUUUGGCAAUGACUUUGUCUUAUUCCUGACUAUACACAGAAUAGCAUGAUGAGAUGAAAACAUUCUGCUUCCUCUUGAUCAGCCUAUCAAUCAUCAGAGCUGUAUAAAUUUGGAAGAAAAAUUAGGAAAUUAUUUUGCAUUUAUGUUUUUUACUGUAAUAAAUUUUAUUCUAGAAGUAAACUCUACAAUGUUCUAUAAAUGAAAGUCUA